AUGGUGAACUCUACGUUGGGCGAACUGCCUCCUCUGCCAUCCUACACCCUCACAGCCCGUCCCUCUAUGAUCUCAGGCGUGCCAGAUGUGGUCCUACAGCUAGUUGCCCCUGUUAUCGCGUACUGGGUGGUCUCUUUAUUCUUCCAUAUACUCGACACAUAUGAUUUGUGCUCUCAGUACAGGUUACACACACCAGCCGAAGUAUUGAAGCGCAAUCACGUCACGAGAUAUGAAGUUUUAAGAGAUGUAAUCCUGCAACAGAUCAUCCAGACGACGUUUGGGCUGGCCUUGGCUUACUUCGAUCCUGUGGAAACUGUUGGAAGAGAAGAUUACGAUCUUGCCCACUGGGCUCAGCGUUUGCGGGUGGCGCAACGAUAUAUUCCAAGUUUGCUUUCCGUGGUCGGCCUAGACGCGGUGACUCUAGGCAAGCAGUGGCACAGCACACACCCUCAACUUGCAGGUGCUGUCUCCGGCGGCAUUUAUGCAUUUCAGUCGUUGGCACCAUGGGAGGCCUCUGUCGCGAAAUUCAUCUACUGGAUUGGAGUACCGUUGGUCCAGUUCAUGGUAGCUAUCUUCAUCGUGGAUACCUGGCAGUACUUUCUCCACCGUGCCAUGCACAUGAACAAAUUCCUGUACACUACCCUCCAUUCUCGACAUCACCGACUAUACGUUCCUUACGCAUUCGGCGCUCUUUACAAUCAUCCAAUGGAGGGUUUCCUGCUUGAUACUCUUGGUACAGGCUUGGCCUAUCUCGUGACGGGCAUGACGGUUCGACAGGGAAUGUGGUUCUUCACGUGUUCGACUAUCAAGACUGUGGAUGAUCACUGCGGAUAUGCAUUCCCUUGGGACCCUCUUCAGCAUGUCACGUCUAACAACGCUACCUACCAUGAUGUUCACCACCAAAGCUGGGGUAUCAAGACGAACUUCUCCCAGCCCUUCUUCACAUUCUGGGACCGAAUUCUCAAUACGGCUUGGAAAGGCGGCGAUGUUUCAGCUCGCUAUGAACGCGACAGGAUUUCGGCGCAAAGAAAAGUAGACGCAGAUGCGGCCAAGACCUCCGUGGUCAAUUCUCCUGAAAUCAACCUCGAACAAGCGAAACAACAAGCCCAAUCAAGUCAGAGGCAGGUCCUUGACGACAAGGAGUAUGGUGGAGCGAGGAUUCUUGUCGAAGAAGAAAAGGAAGAACAAGAGGCCAAGCAGUCUUUGCGACGAAGCACGAGACGGAAGAGUGGCUUUGAUGCCAAAUCUAUCUCAGACCGAGUUGCCGGAAGUCUGCACAGCAGAAGCACUGCCAUCCUUCACGCUGAUGGAAUGCACUGA